AAGGCUACCCUCUGGGGGAGGGAGUUGGGGACCUGGGUCUGCCUGUUGGUAGCACCUACCUACUGUGUGACCUGAAGGUAUGGAUCAUGAGCAGAACCAGGGAGCUAUGCUGCUCCAGCUCCUUCGGCUUCUGUGGCUGCUGCCCCACUCCUGGGCCAUCCCUGCAGCUCCUGCGCCAGUGUGGUGGGACGACCUGCAAAACCACACAUUCCGGCACACCGUGUUCUGCCAGGAUGGGAGUCCCAACGUGGGGCUCACCGAGACCUACGAUGAGGACCUGCUUUUCUCCUUUGACUUUUCCCAGAACACUCGAGUGCCCCGCCUCCCCGAAUUUGCUGAGUGGGCUCGGGAACAGGGAGACGCCUCGGCCAUUGCAUUUGACAAAGAAUUCUGCAAAAUAAUGGUGGAGAAUAUAGGCCCACAACUUGAAGGGAAAAUCCCAGUGUCCAGAGGUUUCCCUGUCGCUGAGGUUUUCACACUGAAGCCCCUGGAGUUUGGCAAACCCAACACGCUGGUCUGCUUUAUCAGUAAUCUCUUCCCGCCCACAUUGACCGUCAACUGGGAGCAUCAUUCCGUCCCUGUGGAAGGAGUUGGGCCCACUUUUGUCUCAGCUAUGGAUGGACUCACCUUCCAGGCCUUUUCUUAUUUAAACUUCACACCAGAACCCUAUGACCUUUUCUCCUGCAUCGUGACUCACGAAAUUGACCGCUAUACAGCAAUUGCCUAUUGGGUGCCCCAGAAUGCCUUGCCUUCAGAUCUCCUGGAGAAUGUGCUGUGUGGUGUAGCCUUUGGCCUGGGUGUGCUGGGCAUCAUCGUGGGCACUGUCCUCAUUAUCUAUUUCCGGAAGCCUUGUUCGGGUGACUGAUUCUUCCUGAUUGGAGUUGGAUGCCAACACCUUCAACCUUUCAAGCAGGGGAUCCUUGGGUUUCUCACACCCUGCCCAAGAUCUCUCCUCAGAACAGAACUCCUGGGACUCCCCCCAGGGGGUGUGUAUGUAGGUUUUUCAGCUGGAAGCUCUGCUGUUCCUGAGUUUGCAUCCAGAGAGCCCAGAGUGGCCUGUCACAGUGAUACACCUUCCAACUUCAGGCAAUAAACCUCAGUUCUUAAUCAGUGUA